CCCCUGGCAGUCUCCCAGACUACCUAAAUGAAAUGAGUGCUUCAAAAUGCCUUGUUCUUGAUGAGUUUAUACUAGGCUACAACGUCAAUUAGGCCGAAUGAUUUGUUCAUGUUUAUCGGAGUGAAUGUUGUAGGUCCGGCCCGCCAUGUAUCCUAUAAGCAAUGGCCAUCUGAAAAUGGCUUUAAUCCGUUGAAUUUGUGUCUUCACCGAAAAGUUAUAAAAAAACGAAUUGUCUGCAUUAUCGGCCCAUGCGAUUGGGGGCGUCUACCGUGCGCUCCACACAUGCAUUGGAGAGGUUUUUCAAAUGUCAUCGCAGAACCACCCCACACUUUAAGCUUGCGGUGAGUCAAGUAUUGUGAAAGGGGCAGAAAGAAGAACUGGCGUUGCGUGUUUACUCUUUGAGGUGCGGAGUGUCAGUCGGAGGAUCCGCCUGUCGUCCCCGUCCGGGUGAAUGCUGAGGCGGGAAGCCUGGUCACUCUCUCGGUGUUGUUCAGCGUGGCGGACGACGCGGUGGUCAAGUGGUCUAUGGACUCCCUGACGGUGGCCACGUGGACGCUGGGUUCCAACGUUCCCGCGGACGUGGCUGGCGCCCACUCGGACGUGCUCCGGCUGGAGAUGGACGGCUCGCUGUCUCUGGUCGACGUGCCGCUGAACUACAGCCAGAACUACACGGUGGUGUUCACCAAGUCCGGCGUCGCUGACGCCCAGGCCGUGUUCGAACUAAAGGUGUAUGAGAGACCCGUUGGUUAUCCAGAGUGUUCGGUCCACGCUACGGUCAGCAACGACCUGCAGUACCGCUGCCAGUGGCCAGGGAGCUACCCCAGGCCCAGCCUGGCCUUCCCGAGCGUGAGCAACGGCAGCGUGACGGCCGGGGUCCUCAACCUGACGCUGGCGCCUUCUGAGGGCCUGGACUGGAAGACCAUCGUCUGCCGCGCCCAGCACCCGCUCCUGGAGGCCAGCUGCAACGUCACCGCGCGUCAGCCAGUAGAGUUCCUACCCAGAGUGGGGGCUGCCGUGGACCCGGAUGGAAGGAUCGCCGUCACCAUAGAAUGUUUGAGCGACGCAGUGCCCGACGCCAUGGUUACCUGGCUCAGGGCGGGCCAGGCCGUAAGCAGCAGCAACCAACACCAGAUCAGCGCCAACACCACACAGCUCACCGUGCGACACUUCAACAUCAGCGAAUUCAUCAGAGAAGACUUCAGCUGCAUCUGCUCCAACCCUCUGGGCAACAAGAGCCGGACCACCCGGUUACUAGGUCCCUCUAUCUCAGAUUCAAGUCUCUUACCAAACCAGGAAGGGACGGCCGUCACGUUGACCUGGGAGGUUCCUCCGUUGUCCCUGGUUACGGGAUUUGACGUCCAGAUGAGAGGACCGGCCUUAGACGAGACCCUCCAGCGGUCCGGUGAGUUCCGCUCCAUCCAGGUGAAGCCGGGCUCGGCUCGCAGUGCGGGCGUGCUCAACCUGGACCCAAAGUCCACCUACCACUUCCGGGUCAUCCCCACUGCUGGGAGAAUGGCCGGGGAGCCCUCGAUGCAGAACCGGAUCGGACCAGGCGACGGUCUGAGCGGCGCGGCCAUCGCUGGGAUAGCAGCGGGCAUCCCCUGUUGCAUCCUGGCCCUCCUCAUCUCCACAGCCCUCAUCUACCUCAGCGUCUCCCACUGUAGGAGGUCAGGACAACCCAGAUAUCCUGUGUCUCGGGCUGUUGAGAAGGCAGUAGCAAGCCAGCCUGAUUCCGCUCUGCCAGACUACAACAAACUCCAUGUGAGCAGUCACAUCAUCACAUCCUCACAGCUUCCUGUCAACCUACGGUGUGAUGUCACUAACAUCUUUCUCAUUUAGGCUCCAUCUGAACUGUCAUUGGCCGUCCCAAAGUUUGUCCCGCCUCCUCCUGUCAGAACUGCAACAACUGUUUAAAGAAGCAAACGAUUUUAUAAGUGUGUGUGUGUGUGUGUGUGUGUGUGUGUGUGUGUGUGUGUGUGUGUGUGUGUGUGUGUGUGUGUGUGUGUGUGUGUGUGUGUGUGUGUGUGUGUGUGUGUCUGUGUGUGUGUGUCUGUGUGUGACUAUUGUUUGAGACCAUCCAGUUAAAUUCCGUCAUACUAAUUAUUAUUUAUAAUCUGUUUUAUUAUGAAUAUAUAGUUGUACAAUUACAGUAGAACAACUAUUUGUUGAAUAAAUGAAUAAGGUGAACAAUUUUAACAAUCGGGUUUUAGAUUUCUGUUCACAACCAAAUUUGGUUGUGAACAGAAACAUCUUACAUUUUUAGUGCACUUACUUUUAACUGUCCCUCAUGAUCGGUUCCCUAAAUAAUCAGUAAUCCAUCCACUUUAAAUGUGGUACAAUGUCUAAAUUAUUUCACACCUUAUGUUUAGUUUGAAUUGAAACAUAUUACCUGCUUAUACUAAUAAAUGUCUAAAGGAUUAA